AGCGAGUACGCAAGGCAUUUUUCUCUCGUCUCUGAUGCCUGUCUCGUCUUCCAGAAGCCACCGCGACGUGUCCGUGCAUUCCUUGCGCACCUUCAACGACGGUGAUGGCGGCAACGCAGCCACCUCCUUGACGCGAUUGGAGGCGCACGCCGCGGUCCGUUUAGACCCUCUCCAAGGGAAGACGUUUGACUGCUACGGACUCCCGCUGCGGCGUCCUGGCAAGGACCAACGUGUCCGGUUCUCCUUUAUCAAGUCCAUGAAGGGGCUCGCCUCGUACCUCACCACACGCAUCAACCCAUCCUUCCAGGAAUGCCUCAUUUGCGUUGUCGAGACGGAGAGCGAUGUUCGAUUUGAGGUGCGGCAGAUCUCCAACGGUAAAGGCACCCGUGCCCGCGUUUUGUUCUCCGCAUCGCUUUCCGCCUUGGUCGACGUCGCACGCGACUCCGUCAUUGAGAAAGACACCGUCGUCUUUUCGCAGCUGCCCUCUUCCUUUCAGCCGGCGGACGACGGUGCUCGCACACCCGCGGUGAGUAGCGAGGCUGCGGCGGACCGUCGACGGACCGGCGUGACAAGCACCACCAGUCCUCAUCACAGCCAGCAACAGCAGCGACAGCCCAGCCGCAGCCCUACACCAAACCACCACCACCACCACAGCAAAAGGGCUGCAUCAAAAAAAGAGGAGCUGAUCUCAACUCUCUUUAGUGCUUACGGUGACAUCGGCCUUACCCUCGUCUUUCACGACGCACGCAGCGACGAGGACAGGCUCACGCACCAUCGCCACCGCUCCUCCUCCUUUCCCUCCGCCUCGCACGGUGGUGGUAGUAGUGGAGGGAGCAGCUCACGCCCCUACACCCGAAUAGGUCUGCGCUUCGUCUCUACCGUGGAGCGCAAUGAGUGGCUAUCAUUCUGCGGUGAGGCGUACAUGGGGCUGCUGCUCGACUCCAUUCGCACAAAUCGCGACACGGUGUACAUUCCGGAUGAUCACAGCAGCGGCGCUCGUGCGGCUGCCCCAUCCACCGUCAACGGCUCCGAUACCUUUCACCUCGCAAAGCCACCAGACGAGGCGGUGGAGAAUUAUAUUGACUUCUUUCUCUCUGCCCGAACGAAAGCUGAUGGGAACACCAACUCCAACAAUCACCACAACGACAGCGGUGGCGAGGCGGACCCGCUUCUGGUGCCUUUCAGCGGUGCGUUGCGCAUUCGCAGCUCCGACGGCUCGCUGCACACGCGCGAGGUGCACCUCGAAAAGGAAGACGCGGCCGACGACGCCGGUGCGCGGGUGACGCGGACUUUUCUUGUCUUCCGGCGCAAAGGGUGGUGUGGAAAGUCCAAUUCGCAACGCGUUCCUCUAGAGGGUCUUCAGAUCUACGCAGAUGACGAUCAGAGCGGUACAUCGUUCUAUUUGGAGUUUGCGUACUCGGGCAAGUCUGCCGCAGAGUACAACAGGUCCUCGCACGCCGAUCUCACGGCGGCCGCCAAACAGCUUUACGUGCUGGGUGCGGUUCAGGAGCCUUUUUUGUGUGGUACUGAUCUGGCAGAUGCGCAGGCCACUGUUACGCUGGAGUGCGAAGCAGGAAGCUUCGCUGCGCGCCGGCAGUGGCUGCAAUGGCUGGAGAUUGUGCUGAAGAAACAGGUGGUGUACCUCUCCGUGGCGCGUCGCAACGCAGAGGCGCAGAAGCCGGUGGAGCAGGAUACGCGCAACGGGCUGCUCGGCGAUCGGAUCGUUUGGUGA